AUGUCCUAACAGCUCCAGGACCUCAUCGUGAAAACCUGGAGAAAGCCACCACCCAAGCUCAGUGGGAUCUGAUCUCAAACCACUGGUGGUGGUUGAACCCUGCAGAGAAGACGCAAGAACCCACGCAAGCAACCAAGGGUAAAGGAUGUAAUGCUAAGGGGGCUCUUUGGUUAGGGGCGGAAUAACCAGGGCACCGGGGCAGCAAGCUUCAGAAGCAUUGAGUGGAGGGGGGUUGAAUGUGUGGUGUAUGUCACUGCUUUUCGUUACCAUGUGUUAGAAGCGAGAAAAGCAAAGUAUUGGGCUACCUCUCACUGACUAAUUUUAGUAGCGAUAGAGCAGCUGUCCACAUGGCUCAUGUACUGCAGAGAUAUUCUGUGUUUCUGAAAGUGAUGAGUAUGUGAGUCAUUUUAUAAAGGACAUACUUGGGUUUUUCUUUUUUUCCUGUUGGAGGCAAUUUAGAAGUAGACUAUUCCAAGAGAAGGAUUUGUGGGGGAGAGGAAGAAAAUAUUUUCAAGCCAGUGCACUAUGCUCACUCUGCUAGAAGAGGACGAAGCAUGGUUAGUGCUGCAAGCAUGCACAGGGCACCGAAAUGUAGCUAAGAGCCACACUGGGGCAGGUUCAGCAGGGCCAUGGCAGAGUGGUGCAUCCCUUGUGGGUGGAAGAACCAGGAGGAGAUACAGACUAUGGGAAGCACGGUGCUGUACACUCACCUCUGUGAUUCUAAGGCUGCAUGUAGGGGAGACAGGAAAGCAUAACUGCGGUCAGCAGAAGACUUGUGGGUUAGGGAUUCAUGGCAGAUUUAACAUCAUCACAGCAGAUGUGAUCUCAAGUGGCAAUGGUUCAGAUGAUGAAGACUCUUCAGAGGACAUGAUUUACCCAACAGUGUUUCCAGACUGGGACAGGAGUGUGACCAAGAACGAGUAUGCUCCAAGUACUACUCCAGGACCUCAUCGUGAAAACCUGGAGAAAGCCACCACCCAAGCUCAGUGGGAUCUGAUCUCAAACCACUGGUGGUGGUUGAACCCUGCAGAGAAGACGCAAGAACCCACGCAAGCAACCAAGGCAGAUGUGAUCUCAAGUGGCAAUGGUUCAGAUGAUGAAGACUCUUCAGAGGACAUGAUUUACCCAACAGUGUUUCCAGACUGGGACAGGAGUGUGACCAAGAACGAGUAUGCUCCAAGUACUACUGUGGACUCGCAAUACAAAACACCUCUGGAAAUCUCCACACAAGAUCAUUGGAACUCUGCCUACACAGAUGAAGAGGAGCAGUAUCCUAGCUCUGCUGGCAGGGCACUAGUUACAAGUGAGAAUGGAAACCGUCAAGGACCAACCCAACAUCCGCUAUUAAUGAACAGUGUUCAUUCUGGAUGGAUCAGUCAAGAACAAAAUCCUGCAAAUACCACUUGGAGUACUGAACAACAUGAAUUUACUGUUGCAGGUGAAAAUGAUAUUGAAAAGGAAUCUUCUCAUACAGCUAUGGUCUCCAGCCAUGGAGCCAAACAGAACAACUCAGUGCAAGAGCCAUUGGUGUAUCCAGGCUGGGACCAGGGAGAGGAUUAUACUACACAACCUGCUAUAAUGGAUAGAAUUAUUCCUUCCAGAGAGAAUAAUCAUGAAAAAGAGUCUUCCACUGCAGCCGUUGCAUUUCCUGAUGGUGCCUACCACGAAGACCCAACUCGGCCACCUCUGUCCUCAGAUAUGGAGCCAGGGCAGGGCACUGAAGGCUCCACGCACCCCACAGACGCCCCUGGCAGUGAGGUCCUCUACAGUACCACAGCUAGUACGAGGAAACCUGGCGACGACUCCUCUCUGACGGCUACCAUCACAGCCUCCACUGAUGUUCUGAAACCACAAGAUAUAACCCAGGAAGCGUGGGCACCUCACAUCAUGGUAACAGCCAUUGCCUCUCCUGAUGGUGGCCACCACGAAGACCCAACUCAGCCACCUCUGUCCUCAGAUAUGGAGCCAGGGCAGGGCACUGAAGGCUCCACGCACCCCACAGACGCCCCUGGCAAUGAGGUCCUCUACAGUACCACAGCUAGUACAAGGAAACCUGGCGACGACUCCUCUCUGACGGCUACCAUCACAGAGUCCGUGGAUGAUGUUAACCGAGAGAAAGCAACCAAGGAGCCACAGUCACCUGGCACUCCUCCUGGAAGUGAAAGUGAACAAGCAAACACCACAGAUAGUUCCCAUCUCAGUUGGGUACCUGGAGUUUUUCCAGACAUUGAAGAUCAUCUUAACCAAUUGCAGACCCCUCUUCCUACUAGAUCUACCUCCAGUAUAUACGGUGAUCAAGGACCGCACAAGGGACAUUAUGAAUCCACUACUUUCCCUGGGGACACCACAACAACAAAAAUAGUUUCACAACGAAGGUCGGCCCAGGUACCAGAAUGGCUGAUCAUAGUUGCUGCUCUUGUGGCUCUUGCGUUGAUUCUUGCAGUGUGCAUUGCUGUUAACAGUCGGAGAAGAUGUGGACAGAAGAAAAAGCUAGUGAUUAACAACGGCAAAGGGGCAGUGGAGGACAGGAAGACAAGUGGAUUAAAUGGAGAUGCCAGCAAAUCACAAGAAAUGGUGCACUUAGUUCAUAAAGAACAGUCAAAUGACCGAACAGGAGCAUGUGACGAAUUCCUGACCAUUAAUGAAACACAAAAUCAUCAGGAGUUUGACAUGAAGAGUGGAGUGUAACAGUAGCAAGUUGCCAAGUAGAUCAGAGCUGGGGAAAUCAAAAUCACAUGGAACCUGGACAGGAAUUCACAGAUGCACUGUGCUACUGAUGUCUUUUGAACAUAAUUAAACAUAAGUUUUAUUCAUUUUUAAUCACUUUUAAAUGAUGUCUGAUUUACAAAAUUGACAUUUGCUUUCUGAAAUAAGCCCCCAAGAGCUGCCUAAUGUCGUCAGUUCCCAUUUCCUACACAGAGGACACUCACUGUGUCCUGGGUGUUAGGAGGCAUACAAGUUUACGUCAUUGUUCCCCAGAUGGAGGGUCUUCGCUGUGCGGAGCUGCAGAAGUAUCCAGUCACUCCACCUUACAGGCAUUUAAGGUACUAAACUUGCCAUGGUACAAGAGUAAGUGAGGAACAAAUGUCAAGACCAAAAAUCAAGUUUAAAUCAAAACGGCCUCCUAUACAAUGUCCAAAACAUCUGAAUCCUUCAGCAAUGCCUUCCAAAUGGGAAGAGCAAUAGGUGCAUUCAGAGUCUGCCAGUAUAAACAAAAAGUGAUGUUUUAAAACGAUUUAUGGCUUGGUCUGCAAUAAGGGAAACCCAGAAGGACAAAAUUUAUUUAUCUUUGUUUUUAAAUGCCUAUGAGCAUACAGCAAGUCUUCUUGGGAGGGGGAAUAAGGAGAUUGAAACAUGAGCUGAUACCUAAUAAAUUUCUGUACUUUAUUAUCCUAACAAUCUGUACAGUUAUCCUUGAGUUUUUGAGGUGUUCAUUGCUUUUCCCCCUCCUUCCUUCAGUUGUCACAGUUUGUGCAUGUUUUUAAUGAGGCUGUUAGUUAGGAGAAUGAAUAAAACAGAAUGACCCCAGCUCUAUCACACAUGCACAAAACAAGCAAUUGGAGGUCGUUAGGGAAGAUGAAAGUAUUUUAUUUCUAAAGAAUAGGUCUCUAUCAUCUGCUCCAUUUUACUUAGGAGAUGCUGAGCCUAGUAAAACUUGUUUCCCCUGUAACAAUUAUGUUACACCAGUUUGCUGAUAUUUUGAAAGUUACAUUUCCAUGAUCUUGCUCACUCUGAAUUCUAUUUCAUCCAUGUUUUUCCCUCUGCUUUUUAAAAAUACCGAAACAAACAUUCUUGCUUAUUGGUACCAGAAGUUCAAAUUCUACAGAAAAGAUCAAAGAAAACUAAAGGAAACUCUGCCAGCUAUGUAAUACAGCAAAGAAGCCGCAGCUGUAUUGUUACAUGCUUUUGUUUUGUCCUUAUGUGUCUGUUAUGUAAAGUAUUUGUAUUAAGCUAUGAUGCUGUGCAUUGUAUCAAGAUGAAUUGUCAGAAAAAAAAUUAUAUACUACCAGUGGUCUGUGCCAUUUUUAAGAAAGCAUAUUGGAAUGGAGGGAGAAUGAUGACUUUUAAUUGGGCUGCCUCAAGAAGAUUCAAGUAAAAACAAUCUAAGGUAAUUGCGACCAGUGGUCUGUGUCAGCUGUGGGGUGGGGAAUGUCCUGUAGUAGCAUUAUUCAAGUGUUCCUGUUCACAGACCAUAGCACCUCCUUCGAAACUGCUCUGCUAAAGCAUGUUAUUUUAUGUUCUCCAUCUGAAGCAAUUUGGAGGAUGAGUAUUCAGCUGGAUAAAUACUAACAUUAGCUAGCACUGGAACAUAAAGCACAAGACUGUUGAUUAUAUUUCUCAGUCACAGCUCUCCAGAAGUUUCCCAUGUGUUUCAUCAACUUGCUCAGUGCCCUGGUGUCUGCAGGCAGAUCUCCUCAGGGGCAAUUUACACCUGGGCAAAAGGUCCCAAGAGGAGGUGUAAUUUUAUAGUACACAUAGGAUGAUUUCUGACUUUAUGUAGGUCAGCAUUUUUCAUCUAUGAACACAGCUUGUGGUCCAAACGUGUUCAAAUAAGCUUCAGCUAAUAGAGUCAGGGUGAUUUACACUGUCAGUACUUGUGGUCCACUGUCAAACUUCUCAGACUUUUGAUGUAUUUUAAUACUGAACUGUGUAGUGGGAAGUUUUUUGACUCUGCAUUGAUUUUUGUUUAAUUCCUGUAAUGUUUUAAAGCAAGCUUUUCUAUUUGUCAUUAUAAAUCAAAACGAUCUGUUGAAGGCUGUGUUUAAACUGGUGUUAUGUACUCAUUUCACUAAAGAUGGACAUCCAGAGUAAGAAUUAUUCCUCUCUUUAAAUCCUAAUCGGAUAUGGUUUAAUCAAAAGGAGACAUUUCAUUGUCUUGAAGGCUGAAUUUUUCCACAAAAAAAACCAAAAGGCUGUGGCAUGAUAUUCAUCUCCCUAUUCAGAUAUUUAAUGGAGAAUUCCACAAACUCCUUCUAAUUUAUCUAAUGUUCAGUAGCUAUAAAUGCACAGACAACACUGUUUGGCUUCUUUUUAUAUUUUUAGGUAGGGAGAUGCUCAAGUUGUCUUUAUAGAGGUGAUGCCAUUUUUUUAUAUAUGCUGAUUCUUUUUAGAUCAUGUCAUGUGAUUCAUGUGUAAUUAAGUCUCAUUAUAGUUUCAAAACUAGUUGGCCAUUUCAUAUGUGUAAUAUAGUAAGUAUUUUUAUUAAUCUUGGUUUUAUUAUUUGA